UUACACCGGACUGGUACAUACACACUAUAGUUUAAAUUUGUAGGGGAAAGGCGUUGUUGGAACCAAGCACGCGGGCAAUAGGGGUUGUGUCGUUCUACCAACUAUAUCAUCACGGAUGUGUGCACGUUUCCUCUGUAGCCAGCGUUCAGAGCCAUGCAUAAUCUAGGCCUUUGGUUUGGGCGUUCGGAUUUGGGUAAUCUUGCUCGCUGUAUUGUGGGCGUGGAUCCGGGGACCCAUUAUCUUUGGUGGACGCCAAACCCUCUUGGGGGCGGGGUUGGCGAGAAGUGGUCGGGUGGGGUGGGGUAUAUGGCACAACGGAACUAACAGCAGUGCGAUUCCAUGAUAGAUUUUCCUUGUAUUUCCACACACGCAUGCACAUCGUGGAAUCUUUCUGAGAAUGGACAGUUUGGUUUGACUUCUGGUCGCCAACUACAUGACAGACAGCCAGGCCAGCAGUAUCUCCGGCGUUUGAGUCUGACCGCGUGUUUCGAGCAUGAUUAUACUGUUUUCCCGGUGCUGUAGUAGUUAUGGGUGGUCUGUCCGUGUGUGUGGCGUGGAGCAUACAGAUAUCAUCGGUUUCGAUCCCCACACACAUCGUCUUUGUAGGUUGUAGAGGACAAAGAUAGAAUCACACAAUUUUUCUAUUUUCUAUCUUGAUUGGUGAUCCUUUCAUUCUACUACGAAGUAUUGUUUUAUGUUGAUCGGCUUCGCGUGCCGAGCGGGGGAGUAAUGACUCCAUUCGUUGAGCGCAAAUUUUCCCUGUUUCCUUUUUUGUGGAUGUGUCACUGGUGGCUGGUUGGAUCAUCCUGUUUUGUUUCGGUUUAUCCGGGUCCCAAAUCGCGUUUGUUUGCGAUUAUUUUUGAUGGUGGGGAUCUUUUUUCUUGUUGUUUUGUGCUCAACAUCGCGGGUUUUGUGAUGAUUUGGUUGUUUGGGUCAUUUUUUGUUUUUUCUUUGUUUUGUACGCUAUGGAAGUGUGCACCUUUUGCGAGGGUAAUUGGUCUGUGACCACCGAAGUAAGGCGUCCGCGUCAGUCAGUUGGACGGUACUGAACAGAUCCAGACCGGAAUAACAGUAUUAACGACCACAAAUCUAUUCAUGUGGUUUGGAGGUCCACAAGCAUGCAUGCGUGUUUGACGUUGCGAGACUGGCGAGGUCAAGCAGGGAGAAUUUCACAACGAACGACGUCAGCUUAGGGGAAUGAGAAGCUC